AUGGCUUCAGCUUUUCCUAAAUUGCCAGGUUUUGUACCCACCCAAGAAUUAGAUGUAACAUGCUUAUUUAGGCUCUUUAGAAACCCAACUUCAGAAAGGUGUCAGCAGCCAAACAAGACCAAAACAGAGAAAUUGUAACUAAUUGAAAUUCUAACAUUCUUUUUAUAGAAACAACUGCCAAAUAAAGAAUAUCCAGUACCUCGCAAAUAACCAACACAAGUGCCAUCACAAACAGGAAUGUUCAACCCCGAUUAUUUGAGCACUACUCAUGCUAUGCAUUUGCCAAAGGUAUCCAUUAUAAUCAGUUACAUCCCCUAAGAAUUCCAACAAUGAUUCAGAAGAGCUCUACCAACCCAGUUGGGUCAAGAUGGACAGACACGUCCUCAGAUUCAGUGGCUUCUUCAAAGAGGCUGUAGUUGAAUCAGCCCUAGAAAAUUACAGAAUUCGCAAACUAACUAUAUUUUACUAUUUGGAAGACCAUUCAAUUAGCAUUACAGAGCCUAAAUAAGAAAAUAGCGGUGUUCCCCAGGGAGCAUUCCUGAAAAGAUAGAAAGUAAAAACCUCUCCUUAAUGAUGCUUAAGGUUCUAAGGGCUGAUGGUUCAAAAACAUUCAUUAUCCCCGAAGAUUUUAGAAUCAAUUAAGACAUUGAGAUAUUCGGCAAAACCAUUAGACUUUACGAUUGCGAUCAAUACACUAGAGAGUUUUAUGAGGUUACAUUAUUAUGUUAAAUUUCUUAAAGGGUAUUGGACAACCUCAAGAGCACUCCUUCUCCCCAUAAUCCGAUUCAUUCGAAACUAAGACCAUGACUAAAUAUAUUCCCUAGAAGGAUACCGUCAUGAAGGACUACUUGGAACAUAAAUUAGGAGGAGGAAGAGUUACAUCUCAAAAGCAAUUCUUAGAAAACGAUAGGAAAGUAUUAUUAUUCAGCCCUACUCAAGGUUCUUAAAUUCUAUGUGUUCUCUGAUAUUGAAUAUGUCUUGCAUUACUACCUGGCUGAUGAUACCAUAGAAAUCAAGGAAAUUAAUUCAGCUAACUCAGGAAGAGUUCCAUUUCCCAUGAUGUUGAGAAGGUAGAAAUUACCAAGAAAGUUCUCUCUCAAUUAACCUGGAUAAACAUAUGCCGAAGACUUCAUUAGACCUCAGGAUAUUCAAUUCGGAUAACCGCUAAUUAUUUACAACAGAAAAUUUGUUAUUCAAGGUUGCGAUCCAUUUACAAGAUAUUAUUAUUAAGAAAAAUUUAAUGUCGAUUUCCCUUUGGGUGGAUAGGAAGAAUAACAAAUGGAACAAAGAUCAAGUAUUAAUUAUUGAUUUAUUUCAUUAGACAUUAUUAUUCCUCCUCAUAACGGUAUUGGAGAUGAGCAGGACUCCUUGGGAUACAUUUACAGAUUGUAACCAAAACCACCCAAGAAGGAUUUCUUUAAGUGGGUUGAUAAUCAAGUGAAUCUGAGAUUUUUGGCCAUGUUCAAUACUACAAAACCUGAAGAUAAGGACAGGUAUUAAUUUGAAUUUAUCCAUAGAGUUUUUGUAAUUACUUAUUUCUUAAAUGAUGACAGUCUAUUAGUUUAUGAACCAACUGUUAGAAAUUCAGGUAUGUUAAAAUAACCAUAAAUUUGAUAGGCAUUCCAGAUGGCAAAUUUUUAGAGAAAAGAAAAUACAAAAACGCUUAUAAUAAUAAUGAGUUUUUCUCACCCAAUGAUUUAAUUGUAGGCAAUGAAGUAAUGAUAAAUGGGUGGAAAUUUUAAUUACUUGAUUGUGAUGAGUUCACUAAAAAAUGGUAUGCUGAAAAUUUUAAAUGA